CCCUACACUGGAAAGAGCGAGGGGGUAAAUAGACUGGCGGGGCAUACACUGAUCCAUCACACUAAAAACCUGCAAAGAUCGCCCGUGAGACUGCUGCAACUACGCUGUAGGCCAUUGAUAUCGCGUUCAUUUCUGGUCAAUUGGUAAGGGGGACAAAGUGUCCAUAAUACAAGGAAAUGGCAGGUAUUUUGGCAUGGUUUUGGAACGAGAGAUUUUGGCUCCCUCACAAUGUAACCUGGGCUGACCUAAAAAACACAGAUGAGGCAGCCUUCCCGCAAGCUGAGGAUUUGUAUCUGGCUUGUCCUUUAGCCUUCUGCAUCUUUAUGAUUCGACUGGUUUUCGAAAGGUUUAUUGCCAGACCGUGUGCCUUGGGUCUCAAGAUACAAGCCAAUGGACCACAGAAAGCCCAGCCCAAUGCCAUUUUGGAGAAGGUGUUCACUGCUAUCACCAAGCAUCCAGAUGAGAAGAGGUUGGAGGGCCUGUCCAAACAGCUGGACUGGGAUGUACGGACCAUCCAGCGCUGGUUCCGACAGCGCAGGAACCAGGAGAAACCCAGCACGUUGGCUCGCUUUUGUGAGAGCAUGUGGAGAUUUACAUUUUACCUCUAUAUAUUUACCUACGGAGUGCGUUUCCUUAAAAAGACACCAUGGUUAUGGAACACAAGAGAGUGCUGGUACGACUAUCCUUAUCAGCCACUGACGGUGGACAUCCACUAUUACUAUAUACUGGAGUUGUCAUUCUACCUGUCCCUACUCUUCUCACAGUUCACAGAUAUUCGAAGGAAGGACUUCCUGAUAAUGUUCCUGCACCACCUGGCGACAAUCUCCCUCAUCACCUUCGCCUACGUCAACAACAUGGCUAGAGUGGGCACGCUGGUCAUGUGUCUCCACGACUCCGCCGACGUCCUGGUGGAGGCUGCCAAAAUGGCCAACUAUGCCAAGUUUCAGAGACUUUGCAACCUCCUGUUUGUCAUGUUUGCAAUGGUCUUCAUCAGCUCCAGGCUGGGUGUCUAUCCUGUCUGGAUUUUAAACACUACCUUGUUUGAGAGCUGGGAGAUCGUGGGGCCGUACCCCUCCUGGUGGGUGUUCAACCUACUGCUGAUCCUGCUGCAGUUCCUGCACUCCUUCUGGUCCUACCUCAUAGUGAAGAUAGCCUGUCGAGCCAUUUCCAGAGGAAAGGCAGGGAAGUGGAAUCCUUUACAUGUAUCGAAAGACGACCGCAGUGACAUUGAGUCCAGCUCAGACGAGGACAACGGUCCUCCUUCCAUUCCUGUUCAGAAGCACCACAACAGCACCACCAACGGGACCAAUAAAGUCCACGGGACCAAUGGGUACCUGUCAGCAGGGGCCCCAUGUCUAGAUGAACACUGACCACUGCUAUGAGACAUUUUAUAAGCACUGGAGCAAAGCUGCAGACACCAUUCAUAGAUACAUGUGUGCGACAUGAACAACAUUGCCUGUCUGGUACUGGAAGUUCUUAGUUUUCAGUUUGAUUAUUUCCAUGUUUCCCCUCCAUUUUAUUAUCUUUCUCUAUAUUUGCAUCAAACUGCAUUCAAUGAAAUAUCAAAGCACUCCUGUCGGUACAGCCCAGUCUCUCUGUUUAGCCAACGAAUGAACGCAUUCCACUAUUAUGGCGAAAGCAUGCUGUCUAAACGUAGUCUGACUGGCAUACUGGGGGUAGUUAAUUAUGUUAUGUGUCCAUGUUAUUUAUUUUGGAUAGAUAUACAGUACCAGUCAAAAGUUUGGACACCUACUCAUUCCAGGAUUUUUCUUAAUUUUUACUAAUUUAUUUACAAUGUAGAAUAGCAGUGAAGACAAACUAUGAAAUGACACAUUAAAUAUAUUUUAGAUUCUUCAAAGUAGCCACCCUUUGCCUUGAUGACAGCUUUGCACACUGUUGGCACUCUCAACCAGCUUCACCUGGAACGCAUUUCCAACUGUCUUGAAGGAGUUCCCACAUAUGCUGAGCAUUUGUUGGCUGCUUUUCCUUCACUCUGCGGUGCAACUCAUCCCAAACCAUCUCAAUUGGGUUGUCGGGUGAUUUGUGGAGGAAAGGUAGUCUGAUGCAGCACUCCAUCACGCUCCUUUGUAAAAUAGCCCUUACAUAGCCUGGAGGUGUGUUGGGUCAUUGUCCUGUUGAAAAACAAAUGAUAGUCCCACUAAGCGCAGACCAGGUGGUAGCCAUGCUGGUGAAGUGUCCCUUGAAUUCUAAAUAAAUCACUGACAGUGUCACCAGCAAAGCACCAUCACACCACCUCCAUGCUUCACGGUGGGAGCCAGACAUGCUGAAAUCAUCCGUUCAACUACUCUGCGUCUCACGAAGACACGGCGGCUAGAACCAAUCAUUUCAAAUUUGGCCUCAUCAGACCAAAGGACAGAUUUCCACCGGUCUAAUGUCCAUUGCUCGUGUUUCUUGGCCCAAGCAAGUCUCUUCUCAUUGGUGUGCUUUAGUGGUUUCUUUGCAGCAAUUUCGACCAUGAAGGCCUGAUUCAUGCAGUCUCCUCUGAACAGUUGAUGUUGAAAUUUCUGUUACUUGAACUCUGUGCAGCAGGCUGGUAAGUCAAAGUUCCCGAAAUCUUCUGCAUUGACUGACCUUAAAGUAAUGAUGGAUUGUUGUUUCUCUUUGCUUAUUUGAGCAGUUCUUGGUAUAAUAUGGACUUCAUCUUUUUCCAAAUAGGGCUCUCUUCUGUAUACCAUCCCUACGUUGUUAAAACACAACUGAUUGGCUCAAACACAUUAAGGAAAGAAUUUCCACAAAUUAACCUUUAACAAGGCACAUAUGUUAAUUGAAUUGCAUUCCAGGUGACUACAUCAUGAAGCUGGUUGAGAGAAAGCCAAGAGUGUGCAAAGGCAGAGUAGCUACUUUGAAGAAUCUCAAGAAUGAUUCCAUGUGUUAUAAUAGUUUUGAUGUCUUCACUAUUAUUCUACAAUGUAGAAAAUAGUCAAAAUAUAUUUUAAAACCCCUGUAAUGAGAUGUGUCCAAACUUUUGACUGGUAAUGUAAAUUUGCAAAUUAUUGUCAACAUGUCUCAAUGACUUUGUCAGUGUUAAGAUUGGCUAAUUGUGAACCAUUCCGUAAUGCAUAUCAUUUCACUAUUCCAUCAACGGGUACACACAUUACAGCAUGAGUCUUGUCAUUGGCAAAAAUGCUAAACAAAUGGAUUUGUUUUCAGUGAUGGGGCCCCCCUUCACUUGCUAAAACUGAUUGCAUUUGUUUUGCUCACAAAUUAAUAGUAAUGUGGUCUUACAACAAUGCAUUAUUAUGGGAAAUACAAACACACAUUAUCCAUCCAUAAGCUGUAAGAGAUAUCACUAACAGCAUUAUGUAUGUGUGUGUAAAAAUAGGGCCAUGCUGUAUUUCCAAUUACAUUUUGAUAAGUAUUCUACAUUUCUGGUAAGUAUUUCAUUAAUUGUUCGUGGCCCUCUUGGAAGACAGAGGAAGGUAUUAUUAAGCAAUGAUGCAUUUAUAACCCUUGACAAUAUUAAAGAUUGCAAGUAAGAAA